CAUCGAAAGCUCAAUUUCCCAAAUAUUUAUUUAUUUCCAAGUGACCCAAGCGCUACUUAUCGUGGAAAAAAACUGUAAAAGGCCAUUACAAAUCUCAACCAACUUUUCUCUUUUGUUUACUAUCAGCAGUUGUGAUUGGCGAGUAACAGUAUGUCCGGAUUUUCCCUCAGAGCAAAUUUUGAUAGUGUACUUAUGCGCCCUAAUUAUAAGUUUGUCGAAAAAUUUUCGCUUAAAAUGGCUACUGUUCGCUCUUAGUCUUAGACACCAAUCUCCAAUCACCCUAUACAUGUACUUAUAUGCCAUCGACUGUUUGCAUCUGCACUACUGUUUUCCAGGAGUAGUACAGCAUCCCACCAAGAGAGAAUCUACGUGUAUCUUCUUCUUCUUUUUGCACUCGGUAAUCGCCUGUCAUUCUAGCGAUAAGUUUAAGUUAUGUAAAUAAAUACAGCUGAUUAAAAACAAAAAGUGAACAAAUUUGCCUGAAGCCAACUCAUUCAUUCAAUAAAAAGCGCCUUCUACUGCUGCAGUGUCAUACGAAGUGGCACCACCACCCGCGGCUGUGUUGUAAGGGAAUUCAAGUUUUCAACCGUGAUGUUGACCUGGCGUAAGUUUGAUCGCGGGGCGUUAGCCUUGCUGGCAACGAUACUCUCCGCGCUGGCGGGGGUCACCGUGAGCCAACGGAUUGUCGAACAACCAUGCCCGGACCCGAAAGCUAGACCGAUUGUGCAAAACUUUGACCUGGAAAGAUACAUCGCAGGAAAAUGGUACGAGAUUCUGCGCUAUGACCAAUACUUCGAACGGGGCUGUGAUUGCGGAUAUGCAACAUACAGUGCAGAAAAAGACGGAUCCAUCAAGGUAGAAAACUGCUGCGAACGGCUACCGAACACAGCAACCCACUGCUCGAUUGGAAAAGCAUUCAUAAGUUUUCCGGAUGAGGUUCCACUGGAAGGAAAAUUGAAUGUUACUUUCGGUGGACCACCGAAAAGUUCCAACUAUUGGAUCAUGGACACCGACUACGACAACUAUGCCGUUAUCUACUCCUGCAAAAACAUCUCACACAGCAAAUCAGCCGAGGCGGCAUGGGUACUGUCCAAGCAGCGAACCGUCCAUCCGGAUGUCCGCCCAGUCGUAGAUGGUUUGGUGGAUAAAUAUUUAUCCCGGUCCGAUAUGCGAGUUACCGAACAAAGUCAACUAAUAUACGCGAAGAUGGUCAAAGUAUUGUUAUUGGUGGUGCUUAUGGGGAUGAUUCUGAUUCCACAAUCCGAAACACUGGAUGUAGUUGGAUCGUGCCGUCAGAAUUUACCAGUACAGACUGAAUUCAAUAUUGUGCAGUACAUGGGCAUCUGGUAUGAAAUAAAGCGUUAUGAAAAUGUAAACCAGCCGAACGGGGAUUGUGUCACAGCCCAGUACACGUUGAACCCCACCACGAUGGAAGUAGCCAUAAAUAACAGUAUGAAACAGCUACCCAGUCAGGAUCUGUUGAGCAGUCAGGGACGAGCACUACUCGCUACCACCAAUGGUGAGGCCAAGUUGAAAGUUCGUUUCGACAGCACCCCGGCGACAACUACCGACUCAGACUACUGGAUACUGGCAACUGAUUAUCAGGACUAUUCCGUGGUUUGGUCCUGCCGACCAAACGGCCUCAACUCCAUCGAAUCUGCUUGGGUACUUUCUCGCAAACCUACAUUGGAAUCAACGGCGUUGGUACUGGCUAACAAUGUCAUAGCGGCCAACUUAGCAAAGGAUUCGUUCAGACCGACCAAACAAGGCAGCGACUACUGUGGUAAUGCUCCAACGAUGGCAGUUUCUCUAAUAGGGUUCUUGUUUAUCGCGCUUGUCGUAGCACAAAUAAAACAUUAGAAAAAAAUCGAAGAGUUGGAAUAAAAUCGAUCAUUCCUUUUAA